UGGAGGAGGAAAUCAUACUGGAGGUCGACGCGAGUCAGAGGCUCACCAUCAGCGCGCUUGAUGGCGAGAGGCUUCUUGGGGAACGGGCUCUGCUUGCGCGACAUUGUCAGCUCGUCAUGGAGAGACAAAGCUGUGGCGUUCCCAAGGUUUCCCACGACGACUGGAAUCCCUUACUGAUGUCGAACCGGCAAACCAGCCGGCAACCGGUCAACUGAUUCGGUCCGAUCUUCCCGUCUCUAGCACAACAGCCUUCAAGUUCCGGCUCGUCCAGGUUUCCUGUCCUCUUUCUGCAUCUUGUCCGUACUCGCUGCUCAGCUCUGGGGUAUGCAGGGCAUCUCCUUGAUUCCCUCUCUCUGAUUUCCUUCUUCUCUCAUGAUAGUGUUGCCUUUCCUUCUCUUCCUGGCUCUCUCUGUUUUAUACUCCGAAGCGACUUAUAAUGUCACCAUUAAUGCGACAGACACGUCACUUCAUUUUUCCUCUGGUUGGAAUGUUUCACAGAACUCUGCUGGCCAGCAAUUUCUAUACAUCAAUCAACUUGGAACCGUGCUUAUGGUAUCAUUGCCGAAUGCAACAUCUCAUGUGUUCCUCAUCGGACUCAAGCGGCCUGGGGGUUCCGCAUAUGGCUUCUGCCUCGAUUGCAAUGCUCAGACCAAUGUAGAGUCCAUCGUUAUAGUGGAUGGGCACGACCCUGCUCUUUCAAACGAUAGUCUUGCCAAAAUAGAUUUUAUUUUCUCUUCCCCUCUCAAUCCAAGCCAAAACCAUGUUUUGAUCAUGUUCAACAUUCCCGAUAUCAGAUUCGAUAAUUUCAGCCAGGUCACUUUUAGUUCCCUGAUAGUCACAAUCGAGAAUGGCGAGGGCCAAGACUCUAGCUCAAAGAUCCCUAAAUCCUCUGCAUCAUCUCCCAUUGCUGGUGUCACAAGCACCACCUCGGACAUCUUUUCUACGUGGAGUAAUGUGAAGACAUCAGCGGCCUCAACUUCGUCUUCUAGUGUUCUAAGUGCUGAAAAAGAAGCGACUUGGACGCCUGCUAUAUCUUCGUCCGCUUCCUCCCAGAUUUCCUACGUGCCAGCUGACCCUUCGUCACAAUAUACGCCAUCAUCGUCUUCGUUAUCAUCACCUAUUGCUUCUACUCCUCGCAAUGAUUCCAUGAAUCCUUCAGGAUCCUCGGGUAGCUCGGAUAGCGCCAGCAAUGACAUUACACCAUUUUCAGUGAACAAGUCACUAAUCGCGGUGAUUGUCACUUUAAGCUCUGUCGCCGUGCUUUCGUUUGUCCUAGGACUUUUCCUUUUCUUCCGACAGAAGGAGCGUCAAACGCGUAGAAGACUCUCCGAGCCAUUGUCGUUUGCAGAUAGGCAGAUAACCGGACCACUUGAAUUGCCAAUAGUGGAAGGUUUAGAUAGUAUCGGGCCUCUCGCUGCUGCUGGACGAGAACCGCCUCCCCGGAGAAACGUUACGUCGUACGCCAAUGCGGUGGUGGGGCAGUUGCCAGGGGCCAGCAGUAGGCAAAUAAACAGCUCUAGGCUAUCAAGCAGACAGAGUCAAGAUAUGUGGAUUACAAGACUAGUCGAAGAUCAGAUUUAA